AUGGCCGCUCCCGCCGCCGCACUCCCCGAGCCCGGCUCGAGCAGCACCGUCGGCAUGCUCGUGACCUCCAUCCUCUCCGAGCACGAAGCGCUCCGCACCGAAAACGCCGAUCUGCGCGCCCAGCUCGCGGUCGCCCGGCAGCACGCCGAUCCGGUCGCGUCCGCGACGAUCGCCGACCUGCAGCAGCGCUACGACCGCGAGCGCGAGCACCACGCCGCCACGCGCAACGCCAUGAACGCCAUGCGGGCCGCCUGGGAAGAGUACGACCGACACGCUGCGGCGCUCGACGCCCGGCUGCACGACGCCCGCCACGAAGUCGCGCGCGUCAUGGGCGGCUCGUCCAUCUACGCCCACUUCCAGCCGCCGCCCGACCCAAUGGCCAUGCAGGUCGCCCCGCACAUGCGCCUCGCCGGCCCCGCGCGCACAUUGCCCGCGUUCCCCGGCAUGCCCGCGACGCUGCCGCCGGCUCCUACGGCGCUACCCGCGCACCGGCACCGGAUGGAUGGCAACGACGAGCGCCCCGCGAAGCGCCAGCGCGCUGAUGGCCCCCGACAGCUCGGCGAUUCGCCGAUCCCGAUCCCGCGCCCACCGCAAUACCUCACUGGCCCUGGCGCGGACCCAGCGUAUCUGGGUGCACCGGCUCCGUCCUUUGUAUAUGCUACUGGUCGACCGGCGGGCGCAUCGGUGUCGCCGAAGCAGAAUGGCACGGCUGAGCUGCGCGGCCGGCCGCGGUCGCGCGCUAGUGUGUCUGCGAGGAGCCGCUCUCGGUCGCUCUCGGUUGACGAUAUGUUGCUGGAUGCCGCGGGUGAGGCGCCUCUACCGCAGACCGGGCCUGGACACCCUCCCGGGGUUAUACCCAUGGUCGUAGAGCAACACCGCAUGCAUGUCUUCCAACCGCCUGUUACCGGUCCGCCCAUCAAACGCACUCAAACGCGUCCUGUCGACAAAGCAGCCACCUAUGGCAACCCGGACUCUUCACGCGAUGCACGCAGCGACGCCGCAUUCCCACCAGGCGGUUUCCCGGCCACGAACGAGCAAGGUCAACGCAUCUGCCGCCAAUGUGGCUUCCGCGGCCGCUACAAGGACGGGAAAUGCGUAGAAAAAUGGGGUCCCGGCCCCGCCGGCCCCGGUACCGUCUGCGACAAGUGUCGAAAGAAAAUCAAACGCGUCGAGCGCCGCGGGACGCUCGACCCCGCGUCCCUCGGCCCGCACCCCUCCUCACCCCCACCGCACGCACACUCGCGCGAAUCCCCGCCCUCGCGCCUGACAGCCGCCGUAACGCUCCCCGCGCACCUCGCGCCCAAAAUCGAGCCGGAGCGCACCCCGCCGCCCAGCUCGCCCGUUUCCGCGCCGCAUCCAAAUCCACCACAGCAGCGCUCGCGCAGCUAUAGCGACGCCGAGGACGCCGACGAGCUGGACGUUGAUGCUGAGGCGGACGAGGACGACGAUUUGGACAAUGAUCUGUUGGCUGCUAUCGAGUCUUGA